GCGAGAGAGACGAGAGAGAGAGAGAGAGUGAGAAAGAAUACAAGAUAUGUUUUGAAGCGAAGUUUCUCACACAUUUUUAUAUCUAGUGAAUUAAUUUAUACAUUAAUGAAGAGAUAUAUGCAUACUUAAGGAACUUAAAGCAUAGACAUCGUCAAUGAUGACUAUUAUACAUCUGCUUUGGCCGGGAUAAGGAUGUUUUCCUUGCGUAUAGGAACCAUUGAUCACUACCAGGGGUUGCCUGUUAAUGGCUUAGAUCCCCUGUACUCAACAUUUCGAGGGGCACCUAUCAAGACGGUCCCAAUACUACGCAUUUUUGGUGCCACACCAGCAGGUCAGAAGGCUUGCCUACAUAUCCAUGGUGUUUUCCCAUACAUUUUGGUACCCUACGAUGGAUCUGAAAGCCUCACGCGACUGCCUUACACACUUGCUGCAGGAGUUGACAGAGCACUUAAUAUUGCUCUUGGUCGUGCCUCAUCCAACACACAAUACGUUUAUAAGAUCAUGCCUGUUUCUGGAAUACCAUUUUAUGGGUAUCAUGCUAAAGAACAUCAAUUUCUCAAAAUCUUCUUCUACAAUCCUGCUGUAGUGAAAAAAGCAGCUGAAUUAUUGCAGAAUGGUGUUAUCCACAAUAAGGUAUAUCAGCCUCAUGAAUCCCAUGUUCCUUAUGUACUGCAAUUCCUUAUGGAUCAUAACUUGCAUGGGAUGAACAUGAUUCAUCUUUCUAAACCUUACUUCAGAAGAACAGAAGGCGUGAUAACUAGGGAAAGGCCUUCUCCUGAUUCUCAAGCAUUUUCUUCUGGGAGUUCAAGUGAACCUGAGCAUUCUUUACGGCCAAGCACUGCCAUUUGGACUGGGGAUAGUAUACCCCAACACCUUUGGUUACCUGAAACUGUUGCUAGGACAUCUACAUGUGAAUUAGAAGUAGAUGCAUUAUUUUCAGACAUUCUUAAUAGGCUGCACAUUGGAGGGGGAAUUGCUACCAACCCUGGGCUUUCAUACAUUUGGGAAGAUGAAAUGGAAAGGCAACGUAAAAGAGGAGGAACAUUGGAGGAUAUUAAGCCCCCUGACUCUCCACCACGAAGUAACAUUGUGCCAUCAGACUCAGAGAUAUUUUUUAGGUCCAGACUGAAAGAGAAACUCAAAGCUCUUGUGGAGGAAAAGUUACCCAGUUCAGAUGAAGGAAAUCCAGGAAUAAGUCUGGCUGUAAUUACACCAGAUGACACCGUGUUGGCACCUGCUACAGCAUUAGACACUUCUUUGCUUCCAGAUGUGUUAACGCAGGAUCCCAGUCCCAAGUUGAACAUCAUGGAACAAAAGGGUGCCGAAGAAGCAUUGGAGACACAAGUUGAUGAAGAGCUUGCUUUAAGUUUCACCCAGUCAUCUUCACAGUGGAUGGAUUCAGAAGACAAAGAGCUUUUAGAUGUCAUGGCAGGAUUAGCUGAUGGAUCUCAGAUGGUAUCUCCCGAGGAUGAUGAUGCUAUCCUUUCAACACAGAGGCCAUCAGGGUCAGGGGGCAUGUCUGCAGAUGCUGAAAUUACCCUGAGUCAAAAGCACUCUCAGCAGGGGAAAGAUGAUGAUGACUCUGAUGAAGAGGAAACAAGGCAGAUGACUCAGCUGAUAUGGGAUUCUAUAGUACCAUCAUCUGAUGAGUCAAAAGCACUUCCAGGUCCAAGUAAAAACCAGUGCAACAAGGAUGAAGAACAGGACAUGGAAGAUGUAGAACCUUGUGAAUUUAUUCUUCCGCAAAUAGAUGGUGCAUUUGAUGAUGACAUCUUCCUUUUCAAGCAUUCAACAGCAGCAGUUUCCAAUGCGGUGAAUAGGAAGGAAAACCCGGUGCCUUCAGGUAGUGCCCCAGUUGUAGAACUCAAGGCUGUGAUGCAAGAUGUUGUUGAGAACUGUGAUAAAACGAAAGUUUUGGAGCAUAGGAAAUUGAGCAGAAAGACACCAGAAGAUUCGAGUGCCUCAAGGCCACUAAUAGGUGGUGUUAGAAGAACUAAGCCUCUUAAUAAUAAAGAACAUCUUUUGACAAGUGUUAAUGUAAAUGCUGAUUGUGAGGCAGUGCUUAGUGAUUCAAGUGAUGAUUUCAUAAUACCCCAGUUUGAUGGUGCAAAUGAUAUCGUAACUAAAGGUGGUAGAAAGAAGCGAAGUAAUCGUGCUCAUCCUUUAUCUCAUUCGAAUGAAUCUUCCCACAUGUAUAACCAUUCAAACCAGCAAGCCACUCCUAGUUCUAGUGAAACAUCAAGUGGAAAUAAUAAUGUCAGGGAUAAAAGAAAAUUUAGAUGUGGUCGACCUGAGAGCACUACCUUACAGUCUGUGCCUUACUCUGUAUCGUCUCAGGGUCCGGUGCCUUUUUCACAAUAUAAUAAGAAUGUACCUGUUAGCCAAAAUGUAGUUUCUGAACAUUCAAGCCUUGACAAGAGGCGUUCUCAGCAUUCACACAAUUCUAGAAGAGAUGUUCCUCAUAAUACUCAUAGUAAUGCUAGAAUAUUAUCUCAGCCUUCCAGUGUUCCAGGAAAAGGUGGUCAGCAAGAAAGUGUACCAUCAUCAUCUCGACCAACAUCAAGACCUAUGUAUAUCACUCCUCUUCCAGGUGCAGGGGUAUCCCAGAGAGUGCCAGGGGUUGGUGAUGCCUAUAUAAAACCUGCUCUACUUUCAAGUAAAGAAAUUAAGGUUGGUGGUUUGAAAGGCUCACAAGUAGUGCUUUCUUCAGGUAUGGUAGUACCAAAGCAGACGCAUUCUUUGGGACAGUCCCCUAGACGCUCAGUAGUACCUGAAUCAGUGGCAUCAAGGACUGAAGGACGAGGGGCUGUGAAACAACCUGUGUCAUCACGCCAGAGCAAUCAAAGGCAUGGCCAUAACAAGCAUGGAAGUUAUUCAGAUGGUCAGAAUCACCCAGAAAGCCAAAGAAAUUGCACUCCAGACAAUCCACCAGGCUCUCGUCAUUCCAGUGCCUCGGUUAGGAACCCACGUAGUAGAGGUGGUGGGAACCAGAGUCACGUUGGGCAAACUAGACAUGGAGGUAAUUUUGGUAGUAUUCCUGGUCCAGUUGAAGUGGUAAUGCGCCAAAAUUCAAAUAAUUCAUUGUAUUCACCCAUAUCAGAUGAUUCAGACAGUGAAGGGUCACAGAAUCCAAAUUUAGCCUCGGAAAAUGAAAUGAUCCCUAGCAAAAGAAGUCCUAAAGCAAGUGACUCAUCUACUGGCAAUGAAGAUAUUUUAAGAGAGGCUCUUAGGUUGACCCUUGAUGCUUUUGAUAUGGAAAUGGAACCCAUGGAAGAAGUCACAGUUCUACAACAGGACGCUUCAUCACUUGAGUCAACUAUGCCAGAUGAUACUCCAUCCAAAGAAAAUUCUUUGUAUGCUGAAAUUGCUAGGGUUCGCACUCAAGAAGGCUUCGAAAACAGAAGUAGUAACAAGACUGGAAAUCAGAGAAAUGCUAGAAACAGCAGACAGCAGGCUCCUGACAAUCUUAAAGAAGUGAAUCGAACAACCUCACGAGAGAGAACUAGCAGGAGAGAUCAAAGAUCCCAGAAUGUGCAAAAAACUUCCAAGUCAAAAGCUGAUGUAAGUCCAGUAGAUGUUGGUACAAAGGUAAGUACCAGGCACACUUCAAGGAAUGAGACUCACAAAUUGUCUUCUUCAAGAGGUAACACUUAUGAAAAUUCUUCCCUAGUAAAUCCCCCUAAUGAAUGUUAUCCUGACAAAAUUUCUCAACCCCUUGACGUUGGAGGGUCGGAUCUCUUUGAUGACUUUGACCAAAUGCCACACACACCAGGUAGUUUUAUUCCAGUACAUGAGCCAUCAUCUCCUCCUCCCACUUUGUCAAAAGCAUCUCAGCCUUUACAGCAGACAGAAUAUUUAGUAAAAACAUCUAAUUGUGUAACCACAGAUUGGAUGAGUGACUUUGAUUGUCCUCCAACACCUGGUAAUCCAGUUGUUGAGUCCAGUAUUGCUUUGAAGGACACUAGUAGAUCAGGCCCAGUUUCAAAAAAGAAUGAAAAUCGAAAUAGUAGCGUUAGUCAGAAUAAAAAUGAUAGUGGUAGAUCAGGUUCUUCCUUGAUUGAUUCAGGGUCUGAGGGAAAUACUUCCUUAAAAAGGAAAUCACAGAGGAAGAUGAAAAGGUUAUUUGGGUUAUUUGGUUCUGUUUCUCCUCCUCCAUCAAAAUCAAAAGAUGAUUCCCCUUCCUGUCCACCUAGGUUGAAAAAGGAGAAUCAGGCUAUUGAAGACAUUGGGAGUUCCCCUCCUCAUUCUGAGCACGGUAGUUUUGGUUUUAGUUUUCAUUCUCAAGGCCGGCCUCAGACCCCAGGGCUGGGUGUUGAAGAUAGUCAACCAUUCCAUACCCCUUCCCAGGCUCCACAAGAGCAAGUAUCAGAUUAUAUUUAUGAUGACAUAAGCAGUCUUCCAGAAAGACCAGUGACACCUGGUGGGGGUGGUGGCAGUGAAGGGCCAAAUAUGUUUUUAAGUGAGUCACAGAAAAAUGUAUCAGGAAUGCCAUAUGAUUCAGUAUUUGACUCUUAUUACAUGAUAAACUCCCCAUAUGAACGUCCAAGAACACCUGGGGCAGAUUCUAGUCCUGUAUCUGCAUCUCAGACACCAAAUGCAGAUUCGCCUGUUUAUAGUACAAAAUUACCUGAGAUGCUCAGAGAAAUGCCUUCCUUUAAGGAGAGUACUGACAGCUCCUCCCACAGCAAAAGUAGUGGAGAGAAGAAAAAAUCAGCAGGUAAGGAUGAUAUCACUCAUUUUAGAAAAAGCAAUAACUCACCAAAUACAACUAACCAAAGAAACACUGAAAAGUACAAAGAUCAUGUAAAGCACAGAGAACUGCAGAACAAUGCUCCGGUAGGUUCAGAAGUGCACCAUGUACCUGGUAUACUGGAAGGCAAAGCUGUUAAGGUAUCAAGUAUGCAGAAAUCAAGUCACCUUGAACCCAGUCCUCAUGAGACAAAAGAAUCAAAAACACUGGCUUCUGCUUCUGGGAGGCCUCAGCCAUAUGGUCGCCAUGAUAAAGGCCGGAGGAUGCAGCCCUCAGAUGAUGCAAGAAUCGAAAGGUCUCAAAAACAUGCAGUGUCUCAACAUCAUUCACACAUCCAUGUUAUGGACGACUCAAAUAAGGUACAUGAUAACAAUCGGUCAUCAUCUUGUCCAGGAAAUCGCCUUCAGUCAUCACAGCAAAGAAAUCAGGCAUGUCCUGUGGACAGCAGCAGGUCACAAUCUCCACCUCACAACCAAAGUGAAUUACAGCGCGAAGGUAGAGGCCGUCAUCAUAAUAGAAUUUUGCAAUCAUCUUCACACCACUCACAAUCAAAUACCCUUUCACAAUCUUCACCAAGUCAUCGAUCUUUGCAUUUGCCAGGCAACUCGUCACUGUCUUCCAAAGGGAGUAAGCCUGGGUCUCCUCAAAGAAAGGCUUUCCAGUCAUCCACAAAGACUUCGCAUUCAUCCAGUGUGGGGAGUCAUUCACAUCCUGGAGGCCGUUCUCAGUCUGGUCAAAGACCUCAGUUAUCUGCUCAAGAAUAUCGAACAAAGUCAGCUGACAGAAACCUGAAACAACAUGGACAAGGAAGUUGGCAACAAUCAUCAAGAGGUCAAAAACAGCAGCCGCACGGCAACCAGUCAUACCCUAGUCAAGACAGUGGGACUCAGUCUUAUCAAGGAAGACAUAGCAGCCAGUCCUUGCUAGGAAAUUCAUCACAUGUAUCAUCUAAUAACAAAUAUUCAACUCAGAGUGGACAGUCUUUGCUGGAUGAAGGGAGACAGUCAAACCAAAGUUCUCAGGAAGAAAAGUUGGAUGAAGUAAAACCACAGGCACGUGGAACUCGGUCUCCCUACCGUCAAGGAAGCAGACCAAACUCAUCUCAGGGGAGGUUACAUUCUGCUCAGAAUCUUCAUAAUCAACCUUCACAGGGUGAUCGACCACAACAUUCUCCUAAGUUCCAGGGCCAGUCCCCAAGAAGUCGUCCACAGUCGUUCUGUGCCUCUCCAAAGGUGUCACAUUUGCAUUCCUCAAAAUCAGUAUCUCAGCAUUCACCGAAGAAUCCAUCAUCAUCACCUCGCCAACGAUCUCAACCAGGUCGUGGUAGCCACUCUCCGGUGAUAGAUUCAUCUCUUUCUGUAUUUGCUGGUAGUGUAAAAUCUUCUAGUUCUUUUUCUCCUCACAGAAAUAGUAGCCAUCAGUCUGUCAAAAAGGGACAGAGAAAGGAAGAGAAGUCUUUGUCUCCACCAAGAGGUAGAAAAUGGCCCCAUAGUGAUGGUUCUUCCUAUUCUCGUUCAGGUGAUGGCCAGGACACUGACAUUGCAGCUCAUGUGCAUGAUCGAUCUCAUCAAAGUAGACUGACACAAUUUCAGAAGAAUCAAAACUACUCUCAGUCAAAAGAGAAGAUGUUGAAAUCCAUUCCUUCACUUGCUUCAAGUUUCUGUAAAGCCAAAACGGAAGUGGGAAUGGGCUCAGAAAUUGUCAAAAAACCUUCAAAACCAAAACCAAUUCAUUCUGGAAAUUUCAGUGAAGAGACUAGUGAAAAGGAUUGUUUUAAGAGUAGAACAUCUAUAGAAGAAAAUGAGGAUAUAAACUCUCUGAUCAAUGCAUCUUUUCCCUUAAUGAGCCCAAUGCCAUGUACACCAGCACCCCAUAGAGAUGACAGUGGACCUGUCUCAAACCUUUAUGCCACUGGCAUUCCUACAAUGGAGAAAUUACAGCCUAUGAUGAGCCCCAUAGCUCAGACUCCCAGCCAUCAGCCUUCUGAAGAUAAUUCCCUACGCUUGCACCCUGCCAGCCCCCAGCAUUCAGUAAGCCUUUCUGGUUCCAUUACACCAUCGCAGUCUCAAGCAUUCACAUUACCCACCGCUCCUGGCCCAAUGAUGAGUCCUAUCCCUCCAACUCCUGCGCGUGUUACAUCACCAAUUAGCGUUAGUCCCAUGCCAGUGCUCCCUUCAUUAAUGGGACCCAUGAUCAGUCCAGUUGCUAAUACUCCAACUCACAGUAUUGCUGAGAGUUUUUCAAUGACCAAUUCCUUGCUUAGCCCAAUGCCAGAUACACCUCGUAGAGGAAGUGAGGGAGAUGAAUGUUUACCAACCAGUAGUACUCCUAGUCAGUUUGUUAACUUCCAAGAAGCAGCACAUCACCUUUCUGUGCAACCUUUAAUGAGUCCUAUGCCAGCUACACCAGCUCAUGUCAUGGAGUCUCACACUCAACCUAAUUUAAAUCAUGAUAAUGUGACAAAACCUUCUGCCAUGGAUCAAGCAAAAAGCCCUAUUCCUCCUUCACCUACGUAUAUUGAUGAUGAUAAUUUUAGGCAUCCAUCAAUGCCUGUUUAUCCUUCAGUAGGACCCCUCGUUAGUCCAAUGCCACACACCCCAACUCAUUAUGGGUGUGAAAAUGAUGUUAGCAUGCCCAGCCCCUUACCUCACUUACCCUCCCCAGGUCCAUUAAUAAGUCCCUUACCUCAUACACCAUCAUAUUCUCAUCAGUCAUCUCUUCCUCGUCAGUCACCAUUGUAUAUGCCAUUCACCCCAAAUGCUUAUGGUCCUCAGACUCCUGUACAUACGCCACAGACGAUAUUUGACAAUCAGCCAACAUUUGCCUCUUCUCAGGUUACUGCAGAAGUAUCACAACCACCAAAAAAUACCACACAGAAUGUUAGUGACUCCUUGCAGGAUGAUCAAAUGUCUGGAACACCAUCUACACAGGAAUCCCAUUUACUUGUUUCUUCAAGCCAGACAAUAGCUAUGACACCUCUUCAGGAACCUAUUACACCAUUGACACCCAUUGAUAGUGUGCCAUCACCUCGGCAACCUUCCCACGUAACCACACUGAGUCAGCAGACUCUGGGAACACCUGUUGAAAACAGUGUUGUUUCCUCCCAGUCUACCAUGCCACUUUCUAUGCCAUCCGUUUCUGCUCCCAUAACUCCUUUAAAUGCCCCUUUAACACCACUCCCAAAAUCUGGUCAAGAUCAGCCUCUUCAGAACUCCGGCACAUCUACUUCAUCCUUGUCUGCUAGCCCUUGUAGCCAGAAAAGCCAAGAUAAUCAGUAUAGUCCAUUGCCUGUUUUAUCAACUGUAAAAAGUUCUGUUUUAAGCCCAGUGGCAAAACCACCUUUACAGAUUUCUCAAAUAUCACGUCAACAGCCACUCACAGAGCCACAGGCAGUUAAUACUGAAUCUGUUGUAAGUGAUUCCCAAAGACCAGUCUCACUGGAGGAACCUUCAUCUUUUGCAUCUACAACUAAUGCUGGUAGUGGUGGCCAGAAUUGCUCAUUAGAACCAAAGUCAGUAGAUGAAUACAAUUCUUCAACUUCAAUUUUUGAUGUUCCCUCAGUUACUUCACAACAUGAUGUAAUUUCUUCACCUGUAAGUGGUACAGAACCUCAAGAUAAGACAUACGUGAACACUCCAGCAUCAUCAGCUAGUACUCCAUGCAGUAGUAGCGGCUUAGAAAUUUUAUCCUCCACAUCCACCUUUUCAUCAUCAUUUGAUAAGAAACCAGUAGAUUCCCCAGCACAUUCAUUCCUUUUGAGUCCAAUGCCCUCUUCUACAAGUCAGAAAAAAUCAAGGGAAAAUGCAGAAACCCAGUCACUAGAGGUUGGAUCAGGGGAUUCUGUUGUAGAUGGAAAUAUUCUAGUUUCUGUCACAACACAUACCACCACCACAAUUCCAGCGCAGACAAUGACAGUUUCAAUCAGUCUCCCAUCUCAGGUGGAUACAGUAAAUGUGGUUGGUCUAUCUGGGGAGCAGGUACUUAGUGGAAAUAAUUUUCUUCAACCUGUGACCAUUGGAUCAAAUGUAAACACCCCUAGUGCUCAAGUUAGAUCACCCAUAUUAUGGUCAAAUAUUCCUACAUCAUCCUCGUUAGGUAUUUGUGCUUCUGACCCUGCUCAAGUCUCUGUUGUUUCUUACUCAUCUUCUUCACCUGUGUCAGUGGUUCAAACUGAAAGUACAGCUAGUACACUAAGUACUCUCCUUUCAGGAGUGGAGACUGUUGUUAGCAUGUCAAGUCAAGGGCCUAACUUAUCACCUGUUGUAACUUCUUCUCCAAGUAUAUUAAAAGGGACUCUGACUUCAAAAAGCAGCAAUAAUGUUAAUAGCUCACCAUCUCUCUCCAGUAAUCUUGUAACGACUGUUUCUGAGCCAGUGUUUUCAACCACUAUGCCUUUACUGCAAGCACAGCUGAGUGCUCCUGCAACUUCAAAAAACAGAGGAGAGUCUCCAAGCACUGCCCCAAGUGGUGAGGAACAGAAGACUGUACCUGUCAUUCUUUCACAACCUGAUGGUAGUGUAGAUGCCAUUCCCACCUUGUAUGCGCCUCCUAUGAUUUUGAUGCCUCUUCAGAUAAUGCCUCAAGAUGUAUCAUCUAUGCCAUUUGUUAUAACACCCAUGGUUUCAGGUACUGAAACUCAGACUAAUCAGACGUCUAGCGCUGUAUCUGUUGGGUCGAUAGAUACUAUGAAUGCAUCUUCUGUCAACUUGAAUCAGACUGAGGCUUCACUAAUUGGGUCUAAUUUUCAGCUCCCUGUAACAUUGAGCUCAAAUAUCCCUGUUGCAAAUACUGCAGCUGUUGCAAAUAUCCAAGGUCUUCCAUUCACAGAGAUUAUAACUCCCUUGGGCAGUACUAGUGGCUCUGGUAGUGUUUUAAGUAUUGAGCAAGCUUCCACUCACCAAAAUAAUCUGUUCAGUUGUGUCAGUGGCUUGUCUGAGGAGACUGCAGAAAACACUGUGGAUAGAUCAUGCUCGGGAAAUGAAGAAAAGAUUGAUAUUGUUCAGCAGGCCUUUCAACAACUUGGUAGUUUUGACAGUGACUGUGUUAAAGAUUUGGUUGAUGAGUUGAACUUACCCACUUUUCAAGUGGGCGUUGAGAAACCCUCUGAUGUUAUUCCAGUAAGUAACACUGAAAAUGUUAACAAUCAAGAAAAUGCCAUUUCUGUAGAGAGAGAGUCAUGUAUGUCAACUGAAAAUAAUGAAGGAAAUCCAAAGUCACCAGCAGAUAAAGACACAGGAUUCCAUGAAGGUAAUGAUGAUUCUACACCUCGUGAAUUGCCAAAGGAAACAACUAUGCUACCGGUUCUUAGGACAUUAGAAGCAUUGUGUCAAGAGGAGUCAGAUAAGAAUUCUUUGUCAGAAAAAGAGAAGGUUGAUAGUGAGGGAAAGGAUGUUGUCACCAAUGCUGGUAGCAAUAACUAUUCUGUACCCACCCAAGAAGAAAAGAAUUCUGAAGUUUCUGUUGGAGAUGGUCAUUUCAUCAAAGAACAAAAUAAGAAUUUUGCAGAUCAAGUUGCAGAUGGGACUCCAGAUAUCCAAGGACAGGCAUCUCUUCCCGCUGUUAUUUUGGCAGAUGUUCCUCAAAAAAGCCAAGAAGUUAUUUCAGACUCACAGGGUAAUUCUCACAUUACUGACAUGGUGAGUAAUUCUGAAGAAAUGAUUUUGUCCAACAAUUCCCCACAGACUGCCAGUACUCCAGAGUCUUUGAAGAACAGCCUGGAGGAUAUAGGGAGAAAUGCUCAGGAAACUUCAAGUGAUAAUGUCCAGAACAAGUAUUGCGAGUCAUCCUUAACUGUGCCUAGCAGCACUGAAAAUCCCAAAGAGGCUAAUCUUAGUCCAGGUAACCCUCUUCCCAUGGUGCCUCCAUUGGUUGAGGAGACUGUAGAAGUCACAAAGGUCUCCGUAAUGGAUAAAAGUGUGUAUCAGUCAGGAACUGCACCAUUACCAGUAUUUUUGAACAUGUCUGAAGCUCUUAAUGCACAGAGUAAAACAAUUGCUGAAUGUGAGGUCACACAAUCCCCAUCAUCACUAACUACAAGUACCCACUUAGCCUCUCCACAUCAGGCUGUUCCAUCAUUAGAUAAAACUAUUCAUAGCCCUUCAAAAAUGUCAAUGACUCCAAAAUCAACAGUAAGUCCCCAGCUUACUCCAAACUGUAGUUCAUGUGGUACUUCACCGGCAGCUACAUCUUCCUAUGUUUUCUCAAAGAUUAGUGUUUCUCCUGCCUCAUCUACAGAGAGUAUACAAAGUGUAGUUCCUCAAGUCUCAUUUACAUCUGCUCCUUCGAGUUCCAUGCCCUCUGUUGUGUCAACCGUCACACAGAGUUUAUCAUCACAGAAUUUACCACAGGGUUCACCUAUUGGUUCCAUGUCAUCUUGCCUUGAUACUGAUCAUCCAGUUGCCAUUUCCACAGGGCAUUCAAUCCCAGAUGCAUCUUGUCCACAAUAUCACAGAAUUUCUUCUACCGAAGUUACUGGUCACAUUUCUCCAACAAAUGAGAAGAACAUACAGCCAUUGCCUCGUCCUUUAUCUGUUGCAAGUCAGCCGUUGUCAGUAACUUUUCAAGGAAUUCAAAGACCCACACAGUUUAUAGGUAGACAUAUUACAUUGCCAAAUACAAGAAAUUUCUUGCAUCCUGACCGAGGGCUAUCUCCAAGUUUUAUUGUGAGAAGUGAAGCCCCCACUGCUUCAUUGAGGGGUACUAUGUCUUUACCUCCUUCUCCAAUAAGAACUCCUCUUAGUUUUAAGGAACCUGUGAAGUAUAUGACAUCUCAUACAAAUAUUCCUUUUUCCUUGCCUGUUACUGAGUCUCAUGACCAAAUUGCAGUAUCUGUUUCACAAAUGAUGGGCUCGACCAGUUAUUCAUCCAUAGAAUCCAAGAGAUUGAUGGACUUGUCAGUAACUGCACCUGCUGUAGCUAAAUUGAAUGUUACACCAGUCACAACUGUAUCAGCUAGUUCUGUUACUUCUAGUUCUCAUUCAGUAAGUGCUGCAGCUACAAGAGGUUUGAACAUAUCUACAGUUACUCCCAGCCACAUCUCACAUUCUUCAGCAGUGCCCAGUCAAAUGUCUUAUUCCUCCUUUUCCUCAACAGGACCUGGUCAGGUAUCUUUGUCAUCAGCUGGACACAGUCAAAUGCCUUUAUUGUCAACAGUACCCAGUCACUUGUCUUUGUCAUCAUCAGCUCCAAAUCAGGCAUCCCUUUCAUCAGUAUUUCCCAGUCAUGCUCCCUCAUCUUUAUCAUUGCUCACCAAUAUUUCCCAUUCUGCAGUAGAGUCCAAUUAUACAUCGCCAUCGGCUCCCAGUCGUGUCUCUUUGGCAUCACCAGUGUCUGUCUCGGGGCCUGUUUCUUCAGUAGUAACCAGUUGUACAUCCCUAUCAUCAUCAGUUGUUAGUCAUGUGUCUCAUUUGCUAGCAAUGCCCAGCCAUUUGUCUUUAUCAUCUGCAGUGCCAAGCAGUCUAUGCAUUUCAUCAACGGGUAUGAGUCACGCACCUCUUUCUCCUGCAGUACCCACAUCUAUGUCGUUGCCAGUGCCUUGUCCUGUUUGUUUGCCUUCUACUGUACCCAGUCAUAUAAGUCAACCUUCAUCAGCAUCUAAUAAUGUAAGCCUUUCAUCAGCAUUGCCUGGUCAUUUGUAUGUGUCAUCAACAAUAUCUGCUUCUCAACCUAUGUUGUCUACAGUCCCCAGUCAUGUGUUAUCUCAAGGUGUGUCCAGUCAUGGAAGUUUGUCAUCAGAAGUACUGAGGCAUGCACCUAAGACCAGUCCUGCAUGUGUACCAAUGUCAGUGUCAAAUAAUUUAUCCUUGUCAUCUGGAAGUCCCAGUGUAGUAUCAUUUCCUUCAGCAUUGCCAAGUCAUGCAUUACAUUCUUCACCUGUACCCUGUCGCACACCCCUUUUGUCUGUUGCACCCAGUCAUAUUUCUGUUUCCCAGUCAUCACAGAAUCAUUCACCCAUUACAUCAUCAAUGUCCAGUGGUAAUAACUUGUCUUCUGCAAUGCCCAUUCAUUCUUCUGUGACCUCAGCAUUGCUUAGUCAUGCUUCCCAGCCAUCAUUGUUAUCCACCAUCUCCUCUGUCACGUCAUCAAUGCCCAGUUCAAUGUCUGUAUCAUCGGCUGUGCCCAGCCUUACAGUGUUACCAGUUUUGCCUUGCCAUACACCUCAGUCAUCAACAUUGCCAUGUCCUACAUCACUAUCUUCAGUUUUAUCUAGUAGUCAUGCUGGCAGAGAAACACCAUUGGUAAAGAUACAACGGAUUGCAUCACCAAACAUUUUUAGUGAUGCCCAUGCAUCUUUAAAUGUAGAAUUUAAUAAUUCAGAUAAAUUACAGAAGCAAGAUUCAAGGCUUUCCAAAUUAGAGCCUGUAGGGAUAAAAGAAUUUCCUUCAAAAAGCUUCAGCACAUCAGUUACAUCUAGUAAAGUUAUGUCCAUUUCCACAACACAUUCAGGUACUUCUAGUAACAAACCUAUUUACUUAUUAUCCAUGCAUGGAUCUGAAGCUAGUCAGCCUCAAGUUAUUUCGGAUGGAACUGAACCAUCUCAACCAAAAACACAUGUGAUAAAUAACUUAAAAAAACAUUUGAUACACUCAUCUCGCAACCGAACACCAGAGGGAACUCAUUCAGCUGAACCUAUAACAGGAGUGUACUCAAGUGAAUCCAAGUCAGAAGUUGGUUCCAAAACUGGUCAAGUUCCUCUCUCUUAUGACAGUUGUAGCCAAGGAGGAUCAUCUCCUAGUCCACAACCUAAUCGGUUUGAAGUUUACCCUUCAACUACAGGCCACACUAGUCAUCCAACUUUAGUUCCUAGGCUUGGCUCUUUUGAUUAUGGAGCACCUGUAUUUAGAGAUGGAAAUCCUGUGCCUCAGAUUGCACCUGUUACUCAGACAAGACAAAACACUCCUGGGUCACAGAUAGGGGUAACUGGACCAAGUCCAAUAGUUGAACCUGAUGCAAGGUCAAUCGAUUCACUUGGUUCUGUUGGGGUUGAGUUGCAGAUUCCAUUUUCCAGUUGCCCAUCUGUUGGUAGUGACCAAGAAAUAAGGACCUCAAGAACACCUCAGGGCUGUGUACGCCGUAUUAUUGAUUCCCCAAGUUCAAAUAGUUCAAAGAGUAGAACUGAUUGGUCCUCAGAGAGUACCCCAAGUACGCCUCUUAAAGUUCCUGUUUCUUCCCCUAGCUCAGAACCUCAGGGUCAGCAGACAUCUCCUUUGGCAUUGGUUAUUCAAAAAGGCAGCGAUAGUAAAGUAAUUCCUCCCUUUUCACAUGAUUCUUAUCCUAAGAAGUUUAUUGCAGAACCAUAUAGUGAAGGCCAUCUCCAGAGUUUGGCAGCACAGCGAAGAGCAUAUGGUAAUGAACAGAGCCGUCCACUACGUAAAAGGUCAGUUACUAUAAUGCCAGAGGAUACAGCUGAUCCUGAAGUUUUGCCUUAUCCAGGAACAUUGGCCCAAACUCAGAGCAUACCUUGCUUGAGAAUUACACCAAGUCCUGCAGUAAGUAAAAGCAGUAUUGUGAGUUCACCUCCACCUCCAUCAAAAACAGUUAUUCAUGCUAUGGCACCACCACCAGGUGGAUCAGGUGUCACACCUAUGCAGCAACCUCCUGAUUGGAGUUAUCGUAUGCCUGGUAACAGGCCACCAGACCCUCACUCAAAAGAUCGAUUACGAAGAGAUACUAUUUUUAAACCAAUGAAUUUUGGUUUCCGUCCUGCAGAUCCUCUGAUGGCCAUAGAUUCAGGUCAUCAGCAUAUUCCGAGGUAUGGUGCUCCGCCUCGAUCUCAUUUUCCACCUAAGGAUGAAACGGUUUCUUCCCAGGCUGUAAACAAAGAGGAUGUUAGUCAGUUACGUUGGAGGGGAGGUUUCAAGUACCACGAACAACCCAGAUUCCCUCCAUUAGAAUCAAUAGCCCCAGAUUACAAUAGGUGGCCAGGAAUGUCCAGUCAAAUGCACAUGCAGGUAAGACAGCCAUACAUUGUGAACUCAUGCCUUUCAAGGGUUCUCUAUAAUCAGCAUACUCCAUUGGAGCCUUAUAAGUCUUCCCGUCCACCAGUACAGCGAUAUCAGCAUGAAAAGAGUUUGUCAGAGUCAGAAAAACCUUUCACUAGUGUGCAGAAUCUCCAUUCAGAACAGAACAAGGAGAGUGAAUCCAAAGCAUGUCAGGAGAAUUCUCCUGAGGAUAGCCCAAUUAAUGUAGUGGAUUAUGAUUUUCCACAACCUGAGAUUAAUAUUCCACCUUUAUCAGAAUCUGAGGAAGUAUGUGUAACAGAGACCUCAACACUAGAGGGAUUGGGGAAAUCACUCCAUCAUAUAUCAUCACAGAAACAAUUUAGUGAAGGGAAGAUGGAAACUGCAGUAUCAGCAAAGACACAACAGUUUCAGGUAAAAUCCAUUGAAGAAAAGUCACCUCAUUCAUUAGACAUAAAUCAGUCUUCAGAAAACUCAAGUUCUGCAAACAUCACUCGCUCGAUUGAUGGUCUUUCAGAGUUUGAUAGGCCAGUUGACAGUGGUCGAAUUGUUGCAAGUCGACCAGUGACCAUAGAUGGUGCUAACAAUAACUUGCCCUGUAAUACAUCAAAUGUUACUACUUGUAGUGGGAACACUGCUGCAGGCUAUUUGCCACCAACAACUGAUUAUCAAUACCCUCAUGGCUCUCAAUUAUCAGAAGAUGGCACUCGGCCAGAACAAGUUGGAAAGCUUGGAAAAUUUCUUAUGCGGUACAUCCGUGGCUCUAUUGACAAUCAGCGUACAGAAACGAGUACUCCUCACACAGUAAUUAUUGAUGAGACAAGUAACUCCAUUGAUGACUGCCAAAACCGGACAAGAGUUGAAAUCCAGAUGAAUAUGAAACAGGAAUCUCAUGUCUUUAAGGAAUCAAACUUUGAUGAGAAUGUGUGUGAUAUGCAGCAGAGUGAUUUAUGCAGUAUGCAUCCAGACACAGAACGGCACUUUGAACGUGGAUUUAAGAAAACUAUUUCAUCCAAAUUUGAAGAUAAUCAAUCUGGUGAAGUAGAUGUACCAGAAAACGAAGUCAGUUUUGCUAUGAAUGAAACGGAGACUCAUGAAGAUGUAAUAAAAUCUAGUAAAACUGAGGUUACAUCUAAAAGCCCAGACAGUCUUCAUGGUAGAUUUGACAGGCUUCCUAUGGAAUGUAGUAGGUCUCCUCCUAGCUAUGAUAAGUCUCCUUUAGUCACCAGAAAGUCUCCAUGUACUGCAGACAGGUCUCCUGGUGUAGUUACAGUGAAUUCUACUGGAGAGAGGUCUCCCUGUGCAGUGACAGCUAAUUCUCCUGAUACUCUCCCGGCAGUGACAGCUAAUUCUCCUGAUACUCUAAGUUCACCUGUAGAAAUGGUUGCUUCAGUGAGUAAAGAGAAAUUUCCUGAUGGAACUACAAAAUCCCCAUGUGAAUCUGAUACACAUACAUGGAAUACAGCUGUAUUGCAGAGCCAGUCAGAGUCACCAGUUAGUGAUAGCAGUAGACCAACUGACAUUACUGCAUCUCAGAUAGUAGGAGGGGAUGGAUCCAUAUCUGAAACCAGUUUUACCUCCAAAAAAGAAACCACGUUGGAAAUGGAAAAAAAUACAAGUGGUGAAGCAACAGAUGCAGUUCAAGACAAAGCCUCAUCCUUGGACCAGCUUGAUGAAACUAUAUCCCUUUUGAAGGGUAUAGUUAGGGGAUCAAAGGAUCAGUCUCUUUUAGAAGUUUUUCAGGAUCCCCCUCAGAAAGAGAUUGUAGAUAUUAAACUUCAUAGAAACAGUGAUCUAGCAAAAGUUUCUGAGGGUUCUGUUCCAUCAGUCUCUCCUUGCCUAUCCUUCUUUCAUGAAGAUAGUGAUGCUGACUCAUGCCGCAAUAUACAAACCAGUAGGAUAUUUGGUCGAAGAAGUAGCUCAUCAAGCCAAGCAAGUGAACCCACAAGUUUUUCAGGACAUUCUCCUACUCCGUUUUCUCCUCCUCGUUCUUGUGAUUCUUCAGAUGAUGAGAUAGGCACUGUAACUGAAAUCAAUCAAGAUUGUGCUGCAAAGGAGCAGAAUUCGGUUAUUAAUGAAAGUCUUGAGAAAGUUAUUGGUUCUGUUCGUUCUCCUCCCCAAAGAAACGAAGAAGUACCCGGGAACAAAAUUGGCUGUGAUCAGCAGACUUUUAGCCCUGGCUGUGAUCAGCAGACUUUUAGCCCUAGAACUGAACUUUUGCCUGCAAACGAGAAAACUUCUGAUGUACUUGAAUCAGAGAUAGUAGAUGAUGCUAAUGCUGAUCAAAAUUCUUCAGAGGGAAACAAGGCUGAUACAGCAAAAGGAGAAAUUUCUGGAAAAGAUAUGAAGGACUUUGAAAAAGGUGAGAUCAGCCCUGCAAAAAGUGUUAGUAGCCUUGAAAAAGGGGAGGUCAGCUCUGAAAAAACUGAUGCCAGCACAACAAAGUUAGCUAUCCCAUCUCAUCCCUCUUUACCCAAGCAUCUCUCUACUCCGUCAUCUGUGCCUCCACCACAAGAUUUCAACAGAAGCAGUGUUGUAUCACCACUCCCAGCAUCAUGCACAGGCUUCCAGGAUGACCAGGAUAUUAACAAUUGUAAGAACAAUGUAUUACCAAGACAGUCCCCAAUUUAUGAGCCUUGUCAUACUUCUCCACUACCUAAUCAAGAUAUAGGUACCAAAGAUCCUGAUUGUACUUCACCUGAUCAACAAGUUUCCAGUAAACUCUCAAACUUACAGCAGCCAGUUCAUGAAGACCAUGUUAUUGGUUUAGAUAAUAAUGUCCGAUAUGGUUUGAAUGAGGAAACUGCUGGAGUUCCAAAGUUAGUACUCAAGUUACCCACUAAAGGAGCUUUAAAAGCAUACAGUGAAGAUUUGUUUCAGCUGUGUAAGCCAGACAGCAGUUCAGAAGUAACAUCAACAACACCAGAUCAGCCAGAAAAAAAGAUACCAGGGAGAAGAAGACAAACUAAAAAGGUGCCAGUGAGAAAACCAAUAGUAAGGAAGGGUAGAAAUGUUACUGGUAAAAAUAUGGGUAGAAAGCAAAAAGUCUCUUCAGUUAAAGGACAGAAAAGGGAUAUGGAAAGUAUGGAUGUUAAUAUCAGCAGACCAGCAUUAUUUGCUGAUGAGUUGCCAAAGGAUCAAAAGACAGAGAAAGAGACAAUGCCAGAAUUACAAAAACCAGUAGCCAAGGCAUUACCUGCUUUACCAUUACCUACUGAGGAUGUUCCAUCAUCAGAAAAACCAAUUUUAAGAGGGAGAGGAAGAAGAGCUAAAGCUAACAUAUCAUACACAAAGUUCUUUGACUUAGAAGCUCAGCCACCAGUGCAGAAGCCCGCAUCUCUAGCAGUGAAUUCUUUAAAACCUCCCUUUGCUUCUGGAGCAUCUGUGCAAUUUCACCAGUUACAAGGGGUUAUGCCUGGUAACAACAGCCUUGCUCCUCCAGUAAAAAGGCAACGAGGACGUCCACGAAAGACAAAAGUAAAUGACAGUCAAGUUUUGGAAGGAGUUUUAGCCACGCCAUCCCAGCCCUCAGGUACAGCACUGGUAUGUGAUACCAGGGAGACAAACACAAACCUUCCCAGAGUAUCCUCAGACCAAACGACUUGUGUGGUAGAUGGCAGCAAUUCUGGAGCUGAAUCAGGUGCAGCAAAUUUAAUGAAGAAGCCAAGGCGUAGAGGACGCCCUCCCAAGAAGUCAAUUUUAUUAUUGGAUGCCACAUCACAAAAUCAGAAAGCUGGUACUUCUACAAAGAGAGUAAAAUCUGCAUUGACAAUUCAUAAUUCCAAGGAGGGGUAUAAUAACAGUAGUGCCAUUGCUAGUGCAACGUCUUAUUCAGAUCCUGGAACUUCCAUCUCUGAAUCACCCAGUGUGUCCCCACCACCUGAGUUGACUGUGGUAGGUAAUAGAGGAUCUACUUUAAGAAUAACUAUUAAACGAACAGCACCAGGGAAGAGACCUGCCAGUACAUCACCUGCAAAAAAUCCUUCAAAACGAAAACGAAAAGUGAAAUCCCCAGAAUACGUUACUGGCAACAUUAGCAAGGGAAAUAAAGUGUCUGAUGAAUUUGCUAUACCACAGGAGGGUAAUGAGUUACCAAAUAUGUCCAUAACCUCUCCAGAAUCUGUUCCACUUCAUUUUGACCCACAUGACCCAUUGGGGAUUGACACAGGUGAACUACCUAGACCUACUAGCAAUGUGUAUGACUUUGAUGAAGAUUUAAGUGAAGAGGACAUUCCUGUUGCCAAGAGAUUAGAAAAGCUUAGAAAAAAGAAGAGUUCAACCUUUAAGAAAGCUCAGAGAAUAGUUCGUAAUGCUAUUAGGACACCAAGAAGAGAACCAAACUUUAGUUACUUGAGGACACCUGUCCGCACUCCAUGUCAUACUUCUAGUUAUUCAGGUGGUGUUACACCACUUUAUUCUCCCAUGUAUACCCCUGUUCACCGUAUACAUUACACUGGCCCUGGGUCAACUCCGCAUAAUUUCUUACAAGAUGGUCUUAAGUUAAAGCUGAUCAAAAAACCUCGCGAAAAACAAAUUAUCCUUAGAAUUAAGAAACCCCUUAUUACUAAUGUCAAUGAUGAAAUUAUGCAGCAAAAAGAUGAUAGAGAGAGUUGUGCUCAAGAGUUGUCUGGAGAUAAGAAUCAAAAGGAACAUAGUGUAAGAGGAAAUGCUUCUGAUUCCAAAGAGGGUACAUUGCCUAACACUAAAAUUGCUGUAAGUGAGGUAUGCAUAGGUGUUCCUUCUGCAUCUCAGUCUGAGAAUCCUCCUCAAUCUUUCAUUGAAUCUUCUUUGGAAAGUGCAAGUGAAAAUUUAAAGGAAGUUACAGCAUCUACAUCUAGGACUUCAGCAUCUAAAAAGGGAACCCCAAGUAAAGACAUGUCUGGCAUUUCGGAUAGUUUGCAUGAUCGUGCAAAUGAUAAAUCAUUGGUUACUUCCCCAUCUGGAUCCAAAUCUGUAGUUUCUAAGAAAGAGGGAGUAGGUAAAGAUAAACCCAUAAAUGCAGAUAAUUCACUUGAUAGUAUAACCAAAGAAAAAAUGCCAGCUAUCCCUACAUUGAUAAUAAAAAAAUCUGCUACGUCUGGAUUUUCUUCAACAUUGGAAGCAGGUGAUCGGGUCAAGUCACAUGUAGCUCCAAGAGUUAAGCUUUCAGAUGAUGGCUUUGUAAUACCUCCGGCACCAACACAUGUCAUGUUAAAGUUGAGACGCUGCAACUCACACUGGGAGCAGGAAAAGAGCACACUUGAUGUCGAAAGGGACAAUUCUGCAGCAGCAUCUUUGCCAAAACCUGUAGGGGAUGAAACACCUGAGAACAACAGUAGUAAGGAUAUUGUACUACCUGAUGUAAGUGAUGGUGCAGAACCAGGAAGAUCUAAAAACACAGACCAAGAAACCACAGAGGAAACUGUUCCGAAGUCAAUGGGAACUCUAAAGAUUAAGAUAAAGCCACCAAGUGCUCCUUCUCCUCAGAAACUCGGUUGCAACUCUGAUAACAAGGCAGUGAAUGUGGUAGGGGUAAAUGAGAAAUUAUCAGAAUUUACUGAGAAUGAGGAAUCUCAGAGACAAGAAGGUGAAGAAAGACAUUCCGAUAAUGUUUUUAAUUCAAAAGAUUCCUCACCACAGAAUGAAAAUGAAUUUAAUUCUCCAGUGCUACAUGUUGAGACAUCACCAUCUAUGUUGGAAGCUGGUGCACAGUCAUCUGGAAAACAGAAGUGUGCUUUGCCACUGUCUUCGCCACCAUCUCCGAGGCUUUCCAAGGUUUCAAGUUCACCAGUGAAAUCUUUAUUGGUAGAUUGUUCAGAAGCAUCAGAAAUCCCCAGUUCCCGCAAUUCACCUUCUUCAAAAAUUGCCCAAUCAGCAUCUCAGGGUGUUGUAUCUCAGCAUACAUCAUCGUUAGUGACAUCUAAUCCAUCCCCUGUAGUUUCUCCACAACCUGUUCCAUUUGAUAGUUCCCCAAAGUUAACAGCCUCAAGGAUAACCCCACCACAGGUUAGGUGUACUUCGCCACAAGUUUUAACUCCUAAGUCCGCAAGGUCACGAUUAGACUCUGUAGAGGUGGAAUUGGCAGCUAUUCUUGGGUCUCCAACAAAAGGUUCUGAGAGAAUUACAACUCCAGAUUCAAGGGCUAUGAAUGAUGAAGAUUUAGAAGCCCUUUUUGUUGAUGAUGGAGGAGCUAUUUCAGAGCAGAGCACUUCACCAAAUAAUACAGAUGAAGACUGUAGCACAAAUAAGGAUACCACCAGGGAACCUACUCAUACAUCUGUUAAUAUUAGAACACCAUCUCAACGAUCCACAAAUAGUCAGGUUUCAAAUGAUUUUCUUGAGGCAUCACCUGAAGAAAAUGUACCUCCUUCAACUGACAGAACAUUAAAUAUGUUUCAUGUAAGUGAUGUGAAACUCAGUACUCCUCCAAAAGUCAUCUUAGAGAAACUUUCACCAAAAAUUUUAAAUUCUGUAAAGAGCACAUCACCUUUACCCCAUGAAUCAAGAUUUCUUCCUCCUAAAAAGCUUACUCGUCAAACUCUUAGGUUCUCAGGCCCUCAGAAAAAGGUUUGGUUGCCCCAAGAUUUCUCUGAAGACUCAAUAACUCCUCCUCUAUCACUCAAUCUGGAAAAAGAUGAAAUGAAAAGUUCAUUAAAAGUGAAAAAGAGGAUUUUGUCAAGUCCAACGGACGAAAACAGUUCUAAAAAGCUGCGCAGAAGUGUGAGGAAUUCUAAGUUACCUGAAGGUGGUUCGCCACUCUUACGGAAACUAAAGAAAAUUGCACAGGAGAGAGGAAACAGUCAAAAGGAAGUAGUAUCUAAUGAAACUUCAGGAAUAGACAUUACUUUAGAGGGUACAACUACUCUUUUGAUAGGUAAAGAAGGGCCAGAAGCUGGUGCCCCUAAACAAAACCUGGGAAAGAAAAGUAGUGUAUGUAACAAAGAGAUUAUCUUAGAUGAAAAAUUGUCAUCUGAACUGUCAUUGGAAACAUGUAGCCCCUUGAGGGAUUCUUGUAUUACUGAGUCAGAGCCUAAGAGAAAUGUUACUUUGGAUAAAGGUAGUGAAACUAGCAAAACCAUGGCAGAUAAAGAAGAAAUGAAUGCAUCAGGUAAAAAUGUAAUGAAUGAGUUGGAAAAGGUUACUCUGACUGAAAAUCUAAGAAGCAAUCAGGGAAAUACAGAUGAGAGAAGUAAAAAGAAAAGCACAGAAGUAAGUCAAAAAUUAGUACAAAACAGAAUAUUUUUUGGUUUGAAGUCUGCAAAAGGUGAAGAUGGAAGUAGAGGAUGUGAAACAGGAAAGAGCAGCAAAACUGAUAAUUCAGAAGUUUGCAGAAAGCUCAUGAGACAAAGUAACAGAUUACGCAGACAACCUGCUAGGGAGGAUUUAGGUAGGAAGGUUUAUAAAUCAAGAGCCAUCAUUGACUCCUCUAGUAGUUCAGAAGAUGACCUUCAAGAGAGUUCAGUUAAGAACAAUAAUCCAAAGAAAAACAUUAAUACCAAGGAAAAGAGGAAUGAAAAGGUAAAAAGAAAGAAAUAUAGUACUGAUGACGAUGUUGCAGUUGAUCCAGAUAUUAAUAAGAAAACUGUGAAAAAUUUGAUCUUCAAUAAUGCCACUUUCCAGGCAGGCAUCAAAAGACUUUGGUAUCCGUCAUCAAGUGAAUCUGAUGAAGCGGAACUUCGGGAAGAAUGUCGGGAGAACUCGGAGAAAUCUUGUUUAAAAUCCAAUAACGGUGAAUUAAAAUUAGGUAAUGUUAGUGGUGGAAAUGAAGUUCCAAUAACUGGUAGUGUGCUUAAUAAAGCUAGCUGCAGUGGGACUGACACUGCUACAGAUGAAGCCAGGUCUACCAACUUUGAUGAAAACCAGGAGAGAGAGGGGAAAGUUACAAGUAAAAAAGCUGCUUUAGUGAAAGAAAGUGAAUUCUCAGAUGAAUUAUGCAGUUCAGGUUCAGGAAACCUACAACGAUCUGUAUUACCUUUGGCGAGUAAAACAGACCAAGUUCCAAGCGAAGAUAAUAAAACAGACAAUGAUCGUGAAACAAAGGGCCAUACCAAGAAUAAGAGAUCAAAAUUGCUACCCUUAAGGCCGGUGUCAAUUGACAUGGAUGAAUUAGAAGAGUCAUUAAGGCAAUUUGACAGUAUUGAGGAAUCUGUACAAAAUCACAGCAUUCAAGAUGGAAAUUCAAGUACUGUCAGACUUACAAGAUGCAAAAGUUUGGAGAAACCUAACCCUAAUCCUGACUCAACAAAGGACAAGGAGAAAUCCUCUGUUGCAUUGCAAAGGAAUACUCCAUCAUUAGAUGUAGAGAACGGGGAUGGUGUAUCCCCAAGCAUUUGUAAUAUUCAGUCUUUGCCAAGUGUGUGCAGUCAGUCCACACCUAAGAAUUAUUCAGGUAAAAUGAUGAAAGAUGCUACUGAGAAUUCUGAAGACACAGUAAAUAAAGAUAAUUUGGCAACUAAGGCAGCCCAUUUUUUUGAAAAACACAAUGAUGAAAGUGAGUUCAGUAGUAAUCAGACAUUGCAAGAAACUCCAUCUGUUAUUAGUAAACCUAGUAUAGAGAGGGGUGAAGUUUCAGUUUCAAAUGUGGGUGAUGUAAUAGGCAAGGUUGCUGGAAGAACCAAGAGAAUUACAAGGAAUAGUAACGUCAGUGAUCAGAAGGGAGAAAUAGAUGAUGGAUUGAGGGAAACAGGUCAGCCACUGGUAGAAAGUAAGUCUAGGGAUCUAUCACAAAUGACAGGUAAUGAAAACACGACCAAAUCUUUUGAGAAUAAAAUGCAAUCAGGUGAUGUCAAUUUAAAAUCAGCAAAGAUCUGUCUGAAGCGUGUACAUAGUCUUGACUUGACUUCCAAUGAUAUUCAACAAACUGAAAGCCAUAUAAUACAAAAGAACAGACAAUGUUCAAGUGACAUUAAUGAAUUUGAGUCCAGUACACAAAUGCCAGUUGAGAAGGUCAGGCAAUCAGUACCAGGAAAGAGAAGUCACAUUGAUUUAGAAAAGGAUGAAAUUGGUAAGCAUGCUAAAGGAAAUAAGAGUGGAAAGGAUCCUGUGGAUUUUGUGGAAGGUAAAAGUCAUUCUGAGAAAGAUGAGAGUUUAGAUGACAAAAGGAAAGAAGUGGAAGAUGUCAGCAUAGAUCAGAACACCUCUGGUAGUGAUAUUAGGUCUUUGGAGGGCUCAGUAAAUGAUUGUCAGGAUAACAGUAUUGGAGAGGAUGGUACUAGCAGUCCAGCAAGGGACCUUCAUCUUAAAUCAAUCCAGUACAGUGAUGGUAUUAGUGAUUGUGAUUCAGAAUACCGUGACUCCAUGUGGAACAUGGCAUUUUUCACCCCAGAGCAUCGAGAAAAAGAUGAGAUCUCUCCACUCCAGGCCGGUUCUCCAGGGGUCCCAGGAAGAUCAGGUUGCCAAAGAAGUUUGCGAACAAGGCAGCUCUAUCCAACUUUCCUAACUUGUCAGCUUGGAAGCUUCGAGAGUCCUGUACGUCGAGACCCUUCAGAUUCAGCAUCUGACCAUACAAUGGCCAUUUUAUCAUCUCCAGGGGAUUUGGUGCAAAACACACCUGCAUAUGAUCAGAGUGACAUGAGUGGAAUUGAGCACAGAACUGAUAAAAUAAUCCCAAUAGAGAGGAUUGAUAAGAAAAGAACAAGUUACUUGAAGGGAAGUUUAGGCCUCACUGAAGACCCAGUUGAGCCAGUUGAGGAGAUUGAUUUUGAACAACUUCCUGAAGUCGGUGGCUCCCGUAAAUGUAAAGUGCAAGAUCCCUUGAGUGAAGUAACAAUGGAAGAUGAGGAAGUUGAAGGAGUGCAUGAAAUGUCAUCUGAGAGGGUCAGAACAGAUAGUGGAACAUCAUCAGGAAGUGUGAAUAUCUGUCAGAUUGACAAGGUGUUUUCACUUUCAGAUAAUCCCUCUCCUUCUUUCCUACAGAGUGAUGCAUCUUGUGGUGAGGAAGGUGAAAUGUCAUCAGUAGAGUCACGAAACAGUAAUGAAAAAGUGAACAUCACUGCAGGAGCAGAAGGCAAACAGUUACUAAAGAAUAAAAGUGAUGCAUUAAUUGUUUCAGCCAGUAGCAGUGAUCAUGACAAAGCUGAUUCUCUGUCAGAAGAUGAAGAUUCUGAAGUUAUUUUGACUAUGCAUAGUGAUGAAUGUGACAGUGACCUUGAAAUAUCCAGCAGAGAUGUUAACCAGAAUAUUGACAGUGUGAAAGGUAAUGACAAGGAAAGUAAGAUCCCAGAGGAGCCUACUGAAUCCAUAGAACCUGAAGUUGAUAUUUGCCAUUCAUCCACUGAAGCAGAUUUUGAUGAUUUGGAAGAUGAUUUAUUUGGGAAUGAAAAUCCUGAAGCGUCUAAUUCAUUUGAGUUGGAUGACUCAUCAGUAUCCUUUGAUCCUGCAGAGACAGAUGAAUGUCUUGGCAGGAAUUCAGACAGCAUUACAUUGCCAUUAGAAAAGAAUGUGGUCAAUAGACCAAAUAUUGAUGCUUCUCAGCAAGAUACAGAAGCUCAAUUGAAUUUAUCAAGUGUUAGCUGCCUUUCAGAGAAGGAAAGCCCCUCUAAUCUUAUAUCUAAAAUUAAUUCAGAGAAUUGUAGUGGAAGUGUCUUUGUUCCAUUUCAGGAUGAGUGUGAUGCUAAGAAAAGUGACAAAAAGACUGUUCUACGUGCAAAGGAAGAACAGAAUUGGCGAGACGAAUCCGGUAAGGUUAGAGCAUCCAAAUUUACAGGCUUAUCAGUAGACCAUGAUAAGCGCAAGGAUAAUUUAUCAUCAGAAAACAGUCCAAGAUUACAAACUCAAAGCAACAGCUCUGCUAUAGAUGAAUCUUGUAAUAAUGCCCUGUCCACUGAGUCAUCAACUACUGUAAAUCAGACUACCUGUGAGGAAUCUGCUCUAGAAAAUAUGUCAUUUGAAAACAAGAAUUCACAAAAUAGCUCAAAAUCUUAUGAAGAAAAUUCCCAAAAUACCUUAGAUAACUCUGAAUCCAAAGACACUGGAAGUGCAACAAUAGAGGGAACAAGUGAUAGUUUAUCAUUAAUAAAACAUACACAGUCACAUAAAGUGUUCAUUGUCUCAACUGAAAAGGAAUCUAAUGUAAAAGUAACAAAACAGGAGAGUAGUGUUAUAUCCAAAAACAUACCAUCAAAUAAUCCUGGAGCAUGUGCAGAGAGGGAUAAUCAUAACACCAGAUUGACCUGUAAAGAAACUGAACAAAUAUCAGAGAACACUGUUGAUUUAGCUAUAAACCAGUCCUCUAAAGAUACGUCUGAGUGUUCUGAAAACACUAGUAAACCAUGUUUGAAGGAAACCUCAAAUUCAUCUGAGAACACUGAUCAAUUUUUGUGCAAGGAAACUCCAUGCUCAUUUGAAGGCAGUAAUUUGUCUGAAAAUAUGACACCUAAAGUCAUUCCAGAAGUAUCAGAAUGCAUUAAUAACUCGACAAAAAAAUUGUUUCCUAUUAAGGCUAUGGAAUCAUGUGCUCACAUGCCUACACCAAAAAAUAUCUUCGGGAAAGGAAAUUCCAGAGGGUCUUUGAAACUACCUUUGGAUGCCGAAGGAACUACCAGUACAGCAGAAGACACACACAAGGUAAAGAAACUCAAGUUAGUUACCAGAAAGUCAUCAGACUCUUUAGAAUUUCAUGAAGAAAAAGGAGAUGGUACUACAGAAGGCAGUAAAAAAGAACAAGAGGAGAAUAAUGACAGUCAGGUUAAUUCUGAUCUUUCAAAAAUGUACCAAAGAGUUACGAUUGAGGAUGGUCCAAAAGAAUCUGUUCAGCCAACUGGAACACCUACUGAAGGGUUUUCACUUAAUGAAAAAGAGAACAAAACAAGCCAAGAAAAACUUUGCCCACAGCCAGCUUCCCAAAGUUCAAAUAAGAAAUGUGAAGUAGAAUAUUCUAUAACUUCAAGUGCUACUAAGGAUACUGAUGUUGGAGACAAAUUAAAGAAAGUAAAUGAAGUACAAGUAGAAAGGAAAGUGACCUUGCCUGAGGAAAACUCAGCGUCUGGUAAUCUCAAACAACAGCACAGCUGUUCAACCUCACAAGAGCCAUGUAGUAAUGCAAGAAAAGAUGCAGUUGCAGAUUCAUUCAUGAGUUCAUUGCAAGGUACAAAGGAAGCAAAUGAAGAGGCUGUCAAACCCAGUGAGAAAAACAAAAAUGUUGAAAUGAAAGAAAAGAAAAUUCUUGAGUCUGAGGAUAAAGUGACAAAAUUAAAUCUUCAAGAUAUCACAAUUGAAGCUAAUAAAGGUGAAGAUACAGUUAGAACUAAAGAUACAUCAAGCAGGAGUCAUAUUUAUGGAGGACAAGAAAACAUAGAAGAGAGAAACAUUGGACAACUUAUUUUCAAGUUAAGAAGACCAGAAUCUGAAAAACCAGUAUUUGAGAAGAAAGCAGAAUCUGAACAGCUAGUGCUUGAGAAGGAAGCAGAAUCUGAAAAGCGAGUGCUUGAGAAGGAAGCAGAAUCUGAAAGACCAGUACUUGAGAAGAAAGCAGAAUCUGAACAGCCAGUACUUGAGAAGGAAGCAGAAUCUGAAAGACCAGUACUUGAGAAGGAAGCAGAAUCUGAAAAGCCAGUACUUGAGAAGGAACGCAGGAAUCUGAACAAGCCAAAGGAAGCAGAAUCUGAAAAGCCAGUACUUGAGAAGGAAGCAGAAUCUGAAAGACCAGUACUUGAGAAGAAAGCAGAAUCUGAACAGCCAGUACUUGAGAAGGAAGCAGAAUCUGUAAGACCAGUAUUUGAGAAGGAAGCAGAAUCUGAAAAGCCAGUACUUGAGAAGGAAGCAGAAUUCUUACUUGAGAAGGAAGCAGAAUCUGAAAAGCCAGUACUUGAGAAGAGAGCAGAAUCUGAAAAGCCAGUACUUGAGAAGGAAGCAGAAUGUGAAAAACCAAUAUUUGACAAGGAAGAUGAAGGUGAAAAACAAGUUGAACCAAAGAAGAAUCUCUGGCAGUUUGCAAGUCAGAAUAAUGAAAGUGAGAGUAAUUUAAGAACUACUCUUAAAAGGCCUGGAACUGAGGAAUUAUACAAUCUGCAGAAAAACAGUGGCAUUAAUGAUGAGAAACACACCCAGUGUUCUGCUAAAAGUGACCCUUCAAGUGAAGGACUUGCUCACUCUAAGAACGAGAGCCAGGUUGCAAGGGAAGAAGAUCCCAAAAUUUCAAUUUCUAGGGAGAAGGAAAGUCAGAGAAAUUUAGAUACUCAGAAGGUAAACAUUGGUGAUACCAGAGCUUUAGGUAGCAAAUGUGACAAGUUAAGAGAUGAAGAAGAUAGGGUGUUAAGCAAAAUGUGUUUGGAGACCAAUCAAGACCAGACUACAGGAGGAGUUAAAACAGUAAAUGUUCCUGAUGAAAGCAUGCAGCUGAAAGAAAGUCAGAGUAUUAUCCAAUCUUGUGAUAAAGUGGUAAAUGAUCCAAAAGCUAUACCUUUUGAACUUUGUGGCAGGCGCACUUUGAAGAUAAAGAGACUUAGGGGGCUUACAGCCACUGAAAAAGUUAAUACUCAUUCAGACAAAAUUAUUGCUCAGCCAAGUCAGCAAAGUCACAAAAGUUUAGAUGAAAGCUUCCAUAGUAAAGAAAAGAGUUUUAACACUCAUAGUCCACAAAGUGAAAAGGGAGAUGGUGUUGAAGAUCUGAGAACAGCCAACAUACAGAACAAAAAACUCCAGUUUGAGGAUGAUGCAGGUAUUCGGAAUAUAGUUCAAGGUAGUACUGCAAUGCAAAAGUCUAAUGAUGAAUUACCAGGGUCACUUAAGCAAGAUAAUAAGAACAUCGUUGAUAAGAAACAGCAGGAGAAAGAUGUAAGAGAAACUCAAAAUGACACCGAAGUCAGCGUUGUCCAAGAAUUGGAAAUGCAUAUGGCAGUAGCAUCCUCAUCUAGAAUAGAACCUGAGACUUCAGAACAUAGUAAAAAUCAUGGCAAUGGAGAAGGUAAAGAUAGCCAUGAAAGUUUAUGUAAUGCAGAUAAAGAAAAGUCAGGCAAAUCCAGCACAUCUGUGCCACAAAAAUCAGAGUUGGUGAUUCCAAAAAGAGAGUCGGGUGAGAAUGAUCAUUAUGAAGAGAAUAUUCAAGCAGGACAGGGCACUAUCUGUCAGAAGGAGUCUAAGAAAAGCAACAGGGAAGUCAAGGAAUUGCAAGUUAACCAACAGGAAAGAGCUGGUGUUGGCAAAUGUCCAAAAUAUAAAGGCAGAAACUUGUUAAAUGAAAAGGGUUUUAAAGAUGUGAAAAAAUCAAACACAAAAGAAUUUACAGUUACAGAUAGGAAUUCCUCACAACAAAAAGUUCCAGAAGAAUCAGGCUGUGCAAAAUCUGUUGAAUUAAAUCAGAGAGAGUUGUUGGAAGGUGACAAGAACAGUUCAAAGUCUUCUAGCCACGGAAACUCCAAUGAUUGUGGUAAGAAAACACUUGAAGAAUCCAGUCAUGUCAGAAAAGAAAUGAGGGCGGGUGAAAAGGAGAGGAAAUAUUCUGAGAACACUACAAGUCUCAAGAUAAAAGAUUCCACAGAGAAUGAAAUAAAAGCCAAGAAUGUCAAACAUGUUUCAGAGAAAAGCAAAACUAAUAGAAAAAAUUCCUUGAACUCUAACAAGAAGGAAUCUAAGGAGAACAAGUUGGGUAAAGAGCAUUCUUCAAAACACCAAGUUGAUUUGAGGAAAGAUCCUGCCUAUCCCAGUAAAAAAGGUGAAGAUGUAUACAAGGGGAAAGUGGAAAACUAUAGAAGUGUUGAAAAAGAUUCCUCAAAAAUAAGCAAAAGUAUAUCUAAAGAGGGUGAGUUCUGUAAAGAGAAGUCUGGUGAUGAAGUUGUCAAAAACAUUUCACCAAAGCCAGACAAAAAGGAACCUAACAGGAAGGAAUUGUUUAAAAAGAAGCAUAAAGAGAGCCAAGGUGAUAAUGAAGAGGAUUUCAUGAGUCAAUACAAAAGAGUAAAUAAAGAGGCAAAUAGAGAAUUUUCUCAAACUAGAAAUAAGACUCCUUCAGAAGGAAAACUGCAAGAUUCUCAUGUGGACCAACGCAAAGAUUCUAGUAGUUUGAAUAAAAAAGAUUUCUGCCACUCAAGCAAGGAAGAUGUAGCAGUAAUUUGGAAGAAUGAUCAGUCACAGUCUAGGAAAGAGAAUCCUCAGAAAAGGAGACAUUCUAUGGAAUCUCCAGGUAAAGGUGGAGAGCACUCUGUCGAUACCAGUGGGAAAAAAUCCUCUAAUAACAUCAGUAAAGAUUCCUCUAAACGAUUGAAGAUAGACCAUCACAAAGAUAAAUUAGUAAAAGAAGUGUUACCAUCACCUGUUAGAAUAGAUGACAUUCUAAGGAGUAGUGGAAAUUCUCCAAAAAAUAAGAGUUCUGUUGGCCUGUGUAAUAGUCCUUUGGAAUCAGAGGCAAAAGGGAAGGACCAAGAAAAUGAUAAGGACCAUGAAAUGGCAAAAGACUCCCUUAAGACCGGGGAAGAAUGUUUGUUGGAGACUAGAAAUCAGCUCCAAGAAGAAGGAACAAAAAGCAGAAAUGGGAAAGAUAAAAGUGCAAAUGAACUUGUGGAUUCAAGAAAAGAGGUUUCAUCUGAGUUGAAUAUAAGUUUACCUCCAACUCCAUCUCACAGUUCAAGCAUAGAGAAAAUUAAUGCUAUAGAAGCAGUCGAAGGAAGCAUGCAUAACUUGUCCAAGAGGCUGUCAGACACCUCAGUCACUGAUUAUUCAAAAACUGAUGAGAAGCAAGAUUCUAUCAAAUCUUACUUAGAUGAACAAAUUAAUGAAGAGAAAAAGGAGAAAAAACCUGAUAAUAAAUCAAAUCAAAGUUUGGCAAAGAUCAAGAGGGAACUUCUCAAAGAAGCAGCAACUUCUGAAUGUGUUUCCAGUGAACAAACUAAAUGCAAUUCCAGCACAUCAAUGAAGAAACCAGAUGGAGCAGAUAUGGAUACUUCCAAAAUUGAUAAAGACAAAUGUAUAGACAAGACUAAACCACAUGAACAGACAUAUGACAGAGAAAGCCCCUUGCUGCACAAGAGUGACAGUGUACUGUCUAAACCUGAUGCUUCAAAACACACUGAAGGGGAAUCCUCAUCGCAAACAAAGAAAGUGCCUUAUGAGCAAUUUGAUAAAGUCGAAUUAACCAAGCACCCAACUGAAAGCUCUGUAGAUAAAGCAGACAAGUCUAGUGUUAAUAUUCUGAAUGAGAAAAGUCACAGUAAAGUAAGUAAUGAUGAGCUGAAAAAGGGGACAUAUGAUUGUGAAGAAGCCAACUCAGAAGAGCAGGAUGGCAAAUUGAUAGCUCAGAAGAAGGUGGAGGUGGACUUGGCAUUAGGAAGUUUACCUCAAACAGGUGGAAAGGACAAGAGCUCUCUUGAGGAUAAGUCAUUGGCACAAGUUAAUAGUGGACCAUUUCAGAUAACCAUUUCAAGAGAUCUGGUCAACAUUGAAAAUAUUAAGAGCACUAAAGUUAGCAUUUUCAGUGAUGGACAAGAGGUGACUGCCCAAGGCAGUGGCUUAACAGUGUCAGUAGAGCCACAGCCUCCUGCUGCUUCAGAUAGUGCAAAUAGGUCUGUUUCCAAAAUGCAUGCAGCACUGGAAAUUGAUUGUGAAAAACCAGAAACCUCAACUUCUGUGGAUCAUACUUUCAGUGAGUGUAGUCAUAGGGACUCUCAAAAGUGUAAUUUAGAUGAGACAAAGGAUGCAUUUUUAGGUACAGAAAAGGUCCGUCAGUCUGGGUCUUGUGCAGAUCUAGCAAUAAAGAAAUCAGUUGUAAAUGAGGAGCACAGUGUCAGUGAAGACUUAGCUGUUACAGAAUGGUCUUCCAAUAUUGACGGUACUGCUGCAGUGUUUAAAGAAGCUAGAGAGUCAUGUUCAAAAACUUUGAAUUCUGAUGUGGUGAAUGAAACAACUAGGGCCAGUAAUGAUGGAAGUAUAAAGGAUAAAGCCAUAACAUCAUGCAAAAAUAAAGAUGGUUCUUAUGUAGAAUCUGAAACUUGUAGAAGCUUGGAUGAUAAUGGAAAAAUUGAUAUUGAAAAUAGCAAAGAAGGCUCUUGCAAGGAAAAAGGGAAUAGUAAAAUUGUAGAUAAAACAAGUAGUCAUUCUUCAAUUGGUGAAAGUACAUUUCCUAUGUCUGAUCCUAAGGCUCUUUCAGAAAAAAACAAUUUGCUUAAUGAAAAUAAACAGAAAGCAUCUAAAAAUUCUUGUGGUGGAAAAGCUUCUUCAAGUGAUAAAAGUAGUAAAAAACAUCUCAGUAAGAGUAAAGACCAUCACAGCAGUACUGAGAAACCUUCUAGUGGAAAGAGCAGUAGUGGUACUUCCAAAAAUAGUUCAAGAAGUAGUUCUUUGGAGAGUAGAAGUUCUAGAAGUUCUGUUCCUCGAAGUAAGGAAAAGUCUCAUAGGUCGUCAUCAUACGAAAAACCAUAUCAAGAGCAUGAUAUAAGUAAUUCUAAAAAACCUACAGGUCAUGUGAAGAUUGAUAAAUCUUAUUCAGAAAGUGACAGAAGUUCUUAUAAAAAAGAUAAAGUAAGAAAAUCUGAUUCUAAGCAAGAUCUUUCAAAAAUUAAAGAAAACAGUUCAAUUAAAAAGACUAGUGAUAGCAGAGAAACAAACAAAGAUGUGGAAAGGAAGACUCCCAGAAUCAAAAGAGAAGAUAGUCAGAAAGAAAAGGGAGAUGAAAAAAAGAAAGAGGACAAGUUCCGGGUGGAAAAAGAAAAGAUUGAAGAUACCCCUAAGAAAGAAGGGAAAGUGUCUGUUGAUCAAACAAAGACAGUAACAAAAAGAGUGGCAAAAAAGGCUGAAGACAAGAGUAUCAUCUCAACAGGUUUUGAUAGGGAGAUGGCAAAAAUAUUUGGUGAGGAUUACAACACAAAACCUAAAAAGAAGAAAAAGAAAGUACCUUCUCUUGUGCAGAAAGACAAACCACCAUCUGAAAAUAAACUGCAUGAAGUAACAGAAAAGAGUAAAGAAGUUAAGGAGAAUUUCAGUACUGGAAUUGUACCCUGUAUAACAGGAAUUAAAGUUUGUAAUGAAAAGAUUCCUGAUUCCAAAAAAAUUGAUAAAAAAAGAACAGACUUAAAAGUCAAUAAGGGAAAUACGGAAAAACUAAUUUGUAGUACAAGUAAAGAUAAAACAAAAGGAACCAACAGUGAAUCUUCAGAGAAAUUAAGUCAGUCAGAAAAUAAAAAACACAACAAAGAGAUGCUUGACAAACAAAAACCACAGUUAGGAUCCAAGAUGAAAGACCAUGGAAAAAGUUUUGAUAAAAAGGAGAAAGACAGCAAAGCCAGAGAUUUUGUGACACCUUUAGGAAAGGCAGAUCAGAAUGUAUGUGGUAAUUCUAGCUCAGAAGGGAAUCCUAUGAAAAUUCACAAUACAGAGAAUAAAAAUGAUAGUGAAGAGGUCUCAGUCCCAGACAAAAAAGAUUUCUUGUCUGUAGCUGACAAGAACAAAAACAAAACAAGCACAAAAAAGACACACAGACAAGAAAGUUUGAAGGAGCCCCUUGCUCAGAAAAAAAAUAAAAAUCCUUCAGAAAAUUCUUGCAGAAAUCCUAGUGUGAAUUCGUGUAGCAAAGCUAAAGUAUUUACAACAUCCAAAGAAAAACACCAUUCAUGUAUGCAGGAGCCCAGCAGAGAUAAGAUUGAUUUGGAUAAAAGUGGCGUCACGAGUGUACAUCCAGCAAAAAUUGAAAGCCAUGAUACUUUGCCAUUGACUCAGAAGAAUGAAAUGCCCUUGGAACCUUGCAAGGGGCCAUUAGGGGAAUUGUCUUCCUUGGCUGCAAAGAGUGAUUGCACUUCAACACAUGACCCUAAAGUCACAGAUUAUGAAAACGUGAGUAUUGAAAACUUGCGCAAAUCCUCAGAUAAGAUUAAUCCACCAGAAAAGCUCAGUAGUGUUCAAGGAUGUUUUGAAAAACGUGGUGAUGUUACUGGUGGUGCCAACUUGCCACCUAAGUUUGAUUCUAGCCAAAAUGGGGAUGGAAAAAUACUCUUAGUAACCACAGAGAAUAGUUCUGUUAGCAAAGGCAAAAAGCGAAUUAGUCGUUGGGAUGUUAAGGAUAAAAAUUCAAGUAUAACAGCAGUGACAAAGAAAAGUCGUUGGGAUCAAAGUGACAGCAACGCUAGUGGCCAAGAGGCAGCAAAACAAGAGGCAGCAAGUGAAAAAAGAAAAAGAUUAAAGCAGAUGGUUGCCAACUUGUUUGAAGAUUGUGAAAAUGAAAAUCCCUCGUGUAGACAACAAAUGCGUGGCUCAAGUUUGAGGAAGCAGCUGACAGAGUUGUUUGGCCAUUCAUCCCUUGCUGAAAAGAAUGAAGUUUCUGAGGAAUACAAACCUCAACCUUCAACAUCUAAAGAUAAAGUAGGAUCGAAGACCAUGUUCAAGGAAUCCUUAGAGUCUUUAUUUGAACCUAGCUCCACUUUUGGUGUAAAGGAAACCAACAUGAGAUCUAAUUGGAAAGAGGAUACAGAAAAUGAAUAUCAGCCAACAACAAUAGUUAAAUCAUGUACAAAGGCUGAAUACAACCCUUCUUCAAUAUCUAAGGAAAGGUUAGAAGUAGAGUAUAAACCAACAUCCUCUACUAAAGUAAGAGUUAAACCUGAUGAUAAAGGGAGACCACAUGUCCUGAAUGAUGACACAAAGGGAAAAUAUAAAUCUAGCAUGAAGCCUAACUCCAAAACUACUUCAGACACACUUGAUAAAAAGUCAUUGAAAUAUAGUAAAACAAAGUGUGAUUCUAUGCGUAAAAAAUGCCUGGGACUGGGAGAUGUCUCCAGCAUAAAAGAUGCCAAGACUGUGUGUAGUGCUACCGAUGAUGAAUAUUGCCCUCUUCCAUUUGGUCUUGGUAAACCUUGUCCUGAAUACAUUCCAAGUGAUAUAUCUGAUAUUAAAUCCAACAAGCCUUUAGAUGACUUGGAAAGUCAUGAAGAAUAUGUUCCUCUACCAGCAAAGGCAAUUUCAUAUGGAAUUAGUUACAAUGCAUCUGGUGAAGAAAAACCAUCAAAAAUUUCUGUCCCUGAGGCAAACACUUUAGUACCCAUUUCUUAUGGUGCGGGAAGUACUGGCUUGGGUUUCUACCGUGAGCAGGGUAACAGUGAGAGUACUCAGAGUAAAGAAGGGGAAAGUUCUGUCAAAGAUAAAGGAAGAUCAAGUAAAAAGAGACAAGAACCAUACAAGAACCUUGGAAAUAACAAACCUAAGUUGAAAACUUCAUUUUCUUCUACAAACGCUUCAGAUUCAGUUGUUCUGGUUUACUGUCCACCCCCACCAAGUUGUGAUGAUAUCAUUAAUAGCCUUGCAGAUUAUAAUAUUCCAGAUGUUAUAAAUCCAGGUGCAUUUUGUAGUAACAGACUUGAUAUUCCUGCCAAACCAAUGGAAGUUGGAGGGCAAGUUCUGAAGUUAAAAUCCAAAGAAGUUUCAGAUUUUGAAAGUUUUGAGGGUCCUCAUCAAAAUAAUGGGCUUUACAACUGGCGUUUAUUGCUGAGCAGCAUGAAUUCUGAUUGUGCUGGACCAUCUACUCAGGAAUUAAGUGUGAAUAAAAAGGACAAAAAUACUUCAAAGUCUAUCAUGACUCCUGUAAAAGUUCCACCUUCGCCAUCAGAGGUGAUGAAGUGGGCGGAAGCUCGCAAGAUACUAAAGUCUAUGAAAAAGAAGGAUGAAGAUGGAGAUGAUGGUGGCUCAUCCUCAAAAUCUGACAAAAAGGUGGAUUCAAAUAAAAAAUCAUCCACUUCACUGCCUCCUGGUUCCAAUGGUGUUGGUAAUGGAAGUAUGCAGAAAAAUUCAAGUGGACAAAAUAACCAACAGUCUAGAGAUGGUAAUGUCUCUCUGACUCAAAGUUUAUCAAGCAGUGCUUUAUCCCAGCAGCGUCACCACACAAGUACACCACAGCCACAGAAAUUCUCAAAGUUAACACCUCUUCAUUUAACACCCAUUGGUGGAGACUCCUCUGGUAAUGAGAAGACCCCAUCUCCUGCAUUUCUUAGCAAGAGAAAACCAAAGCGCAGAGUCUCAUGGGAAGAUGGUAGCCCAUCUGUAAAGCCUUCUUUGUUGAAGAAGAGGAGGAUCUCUUAUGAGGGCUUGCCUGUUUUACAUGAAGAAACUCCAGAAGUCAGUGAACCAAAGAAAAGUUUGGUGAGGCGUGUGUCUUUUUCUGGCAUAACUCAACCAGCAGGUGGUUUCAAAGUUACAGAAGUUCAAGAUCACAGUAAAGCUGAAGAACUGAAGCCCAUGCCAGAGAGUCCUGAAUCUGCUAAAGAGUGCACAAGUGAGAAAGGUGAAGAUUUGGAUUCAACUUUAGUGACCCAAGUUGCUGACCCAGACAUAGAAUCAAGCCCUGAAACUAUAAUAAGUUCAUCACGCUCAUUAGAUUUAACACUCUCAUUGUCUACUAAGGCAGCUUCACAACCAUCUAGUCAGAUGUCUGACUCUUCUUUAAGACGUCAACUGAUGGACACUCAGUUCCGACAACAGUUCCUUAGCUUCUCACAAGUUCCUUCAGGCUCUUCGCAGGGAUUAGAUGGCCCAACCUUGAACAACACUUAUGGCUUUAAAUUCUCAAAUCAUAACCUGCGUGAGGCUAAAGCUUUGCAUGAGCAUGAAUAUCUAACCACCAUGUGCAUCGAGUGUCAUGUUACAACACGACCUUCUUUGUUGCCUGACCCAUUGUAUGAUCCCAUCUCGGCUGUUAUUUUCACCAUCAUUCAAGAUGUACCAGAUGAUCACCCCUCUCCUCAGAAACUCAAAGGUGCAAUAGUGGUUAGUAGUAGCAGCGGAGAUCUGAUAUCUCAUAGUGGCAUUUGUGGCCUUUACGUGCUUCAUGUUGAUGAUGAGAAGGCUCUCCUAAAUGAAGUAGUCACUAUUGUCACUACUUGGGAUCCAGAUAUGCUUGUUGGAUAUGAGGUUCAGAUGUCAUCUUGGGGAUACCUGCUGGAACGAGGAUCAGCACUGAACUUAGAAAUUAUAGCCAGGCUCUCACGAGUGCCAGAAGGAACAGGCAGUCAUUAUGAAGAAGAGUAUGAUGAAUAUGGAGCUGCUCACACUUCUCAGAUUCAUAUUACUGGCCGAAUUGUUCUCAAUGUUUGGAGAAUAAUGAGAGCAGAGGUAGCACUGAGGAGUUACACACUUGACAAUGUUGCUUAUAAUGUCUUGCACACUCGGAUACCGUCCUUUUCCCAUGACAGCCUCAGAGAUUGGUGGAUUCAUGAUGCAACAAGGUGGAGGACCUUGGAGCAUUAUUCAACUCGCUGUGACUUGACUAUUGACCUCCUACACAGAUUAGAUCUUAUCCACCGCACAGCUGAGCUGGCACGUCUCUUUGGCAUCCAGUUCUAUGAUGUUCUGGCUCGUGGCUCACAGUAUCGUGUGGAAUCCAUGAUGUUGCGUCUUUCUCGUGCUGCUAACAUGGUGGCGGUUUCCCCAAGCAUACAGCAGCGUGGAGCCAUGAAGUCACCUGAAUGGUUUGCCCUAACUUUGGAACCAAAGUCAAGAUUCUACAGUGAUCCUGUGGUGGUGUUAGAUUUCCAGUCCUUAUACCCAUCAAUGAUGAUUGCUUACAAUUACUGCUAUUCCACUUGUUUGGGACGAAUUGAUAUGAUAAAUGGAUCUGCACCCAUGGAAUUUGGAGCUACCCAUCUACGAGUUCUUCCAGAGGAUCUCUUGAAAUUUGCUGAUGAGAUCAAUAUCUCUCCUUGUGGAGUGGCUUUUGUACCCCAUAAAAUAAGGCGAGGAGUUUUACCACAGAUGCUUGAAGAAAUACUCAAUACAAGGAUUAUGGUGAAGCGAAUGAUGAAGGAGUACAAAGACGAUUCAUCCCUUCAGCGUGUGCUACAUUCACGACAGCUUGGUCUGAAACUUAUUGCGAAUGUCACAUAUGGGUACACCAGUGCAAACUUCUCUGGUCGAAUGCCUUGUUCUGAGAUUGGUGACAGUGUUGUAAGCAAAGGAAGAGAGACUUUAGAACGUUGUAUUCAACAUGUCAAUAAGCACCCUACUUGGAAAGCAGAGGUGGUGUAUGGAGAUACAGAUUCACUCUUCGUACACUUACCUGGACGGUCUAAGGAUCAAGCAUUUAAAAUUGGAAAUGAGAUUGCUGAUGAAGUAACUCAGAUGUAUCCUAAACCGGUGAAACUUAAAUUUGAAAAAGUUUACUUACCCUGCAUUUUACAGACCAAGAAACGUUACGUUGGAUAUAUGUAUGAGUCCACAACCCAGGAGACCCCAGAGUUUGAUGCUAAAGGCAUUGAGACUGUUCGUAGAGAUGGAUGCCCAGCAAUGGCAAAGGUUCUUGAAAAAUCCUUGCGUAUUCUCUUUGAAACAAAGGAUAUUUCAAAAGUAAAAGACUAUAUUCAGCGUCAGUUUGUGAAACUUCUACAAGGACAGGUGUCUCUCCAGGAUUUGAUAUUUGCAAAAGAGUAUAGAGGAGCCUCUGGCUAUAAGCCAGGUGCAUGCGUCCCUGCUCUAGAAUUAGCAAGAAAAUGGACUCGCAAAGAUCCUAGAAAAGAACCAAGAGUUGGUGAGCGUGUACCAUAUGUAAUAGUCUAUGGUGCUCCAGGCUUACCUUUAAUCCAAUUAGUAAGAUCACCAGAUGCUGUUCUAGCAAAUCCAGCACUUCGUGUAAAUGCAACAUACUAUAUCACAAGAGCAAUAAUGCCACCUUUAGAAAGAUGUUUCUCUCUUCUUGGUGUAGAUAUUGCUGCUUGGUAUAAUGACUUGCCAAGAUCAUCAAGUACAAAUGCUUCCCUGGUGAGAGAAAUAGCAAAUAAUCAGAAAGGAUCAAGCAACUGGGAAAAACCAUCUACUUCCCAUGGUAUGUCCAUUGUUCGUUACUUCACUCCAUCAGCAUGCAUUGUUUGUGGAGCUGCAACUGUUCUAACUGGUGCAGGGGGUGGAGUUGCGUUAUGUUCAGACUGCAAGACUACCCCACAAGACACUGUCCUUGCUCUUAAUGAGAAAAUUCGCCAUUAUGAUAGAGCACUUGACAAUAUACAAAAGGUUUGCCAGGCAUGCCUUGGAUGUAGACUGGAAAAGGUGGAGUGCAUAUCCAUUGACUGCCCUAUCAUUUACCAGCGUAACCAAGCAAACAUUGACCAACUUUUAACUGGACAGCUGCAAGAGCUUAUUCAAAGAUUUACUAGUGUGAUAUAAAAUUUAUAAAUUCCAGCAGGAUAAUGGAGAGCUUUUGUGUAACAAUAUUAAGAUUUAAGAGUAAAUUAUGACUGCAAAUCCAGACUGACUUAGUGAUGCUGUUAAGUGAUUGUUGAAUAAGAAAACAAAUAAGUUCAGUACCUUCCUUUGGCACUGAUAUAAGAUGGCUUAAGUGCAUUAAUGUUAUUAGAUAACUGAAUGCAGAGUAUUAUUAGUGAAAUUAUUAAAUCAAAUUUUGUAUAUAUUGAGCUAUAUAAUAGUUCAAGAAAUUUAUUUUGAAAACACAGAAUUAUAUAUGUACAUUUAGUGAAAAACCCUUAUGUGAAUAUAUAAAUAGUACGUAUAAAACAAAGCUUUCUGUGGUAAAAGUUUGCAUCUAUGCAUAAAAAAAAAACGGUUUUUUAUGAAGACUUCAGAUUUAGUUUAAAUGGCAAGGUAGAUGUGAAGAUGGAAGGACGACUAUUUUAAAGGUGGUUUGGGUCUUUCAAGAGUAAAAAAGAAAAAAAAUAUAAAUAAAUAGAGAUGUAAACUUAUUGUUCUUUGUUUAGUUUUUGCCUAUAGUGUGUAGUGUAUGUUUUAUGUUUUUUCAAUAUAUGGAAACCCUGCCAAAUUGUGAUCUCAAAAAUGCUUAGUUUUUGGUAUCUCCCUACUUGACAAAUUUUAUAUAAAUAUACCCUUGAUGGGAAUGUUAAAAGAUUAGGAUAAGUGUAUAUAUAUGUAUAUAUUGAAGAAAUUCUGAAAGUUCUAUAUAUUUCAAUUGUAUGGAUUAAGUUAUGCACACUUUUAACUUUAUUUUUGUCAAUAAAUUAUUCCAGGCUGUAAAUAUAAUUUUAGGUUUUUCUUUUCAAGGUGUUUUACUAAUUUCUUUUGAAAUCUUAAAAUAUUUUGAAUGCUCAUCAUGAUUCAUAUUCAAAUGAUGUGUUGUGACAGUUUUGUUGUGUGAUCCAUGUUAAAGUACAAAUGUAGAUAACAUUUGUGUGUCAAUUCUUUGUUACAGGAAAGAAUGUGCUGCAAAAAACUUGCUUUUUCAUGAAUGUUACACAGUUAUUUGGUAUCCACAAUUAUCUUUCUGUGCAGGUCUUCCUAGAAUUAGAGAGAGUAGCCCUUUUAUAUAUCCUAUUUAUAAAAAUAUAUAUUUGAUGAGAAACAAGGCAAAUGUAUAUUUUGGUUUAUAUAUAUAUAUAUAUAGUAUUUACUGUUUUAUUCAAUUGGAGAAAUAAUUUAUAUAAGUAAUUAGUUUAAUUUUGUAAAUUAAGUUUAUUUUUUAUUUUCCUGUUAGCACUCAAAUCUAAUCAAACUAAUCCUUCUCUACUUAAUUAGCAAAGCUGCUUCUUUGCUGCUUCCAGUAAGGAAAUAGUACAAUGUUAUUUUCCGUUAUUUAAACAUUAACAAAGAAGACUUAAAAAAGAAAAAGAAAACUUUUGGGUUUCUUGGUGUCACAAAUGUGAUAUGUUCAGUUUUUAGAUCCCCCCUUACCAGUAUUGAUUGUACUAACAUUACUACAAUAAUAUGUCCUAUCCCAUACUCACAAGCCUAAAUAUUGGUCAUAUUGACCUGAAGUAUUGUUUAAUGUGUAUUGAAAACUAUGCAGAUGUGGAUAUUUGCUAAUGUUGUACAGGAGAAUAUUUAUAAAUGUAAAUUGUGUAAAUUUUCUACGGUUGAAUUAAAGUUGAAUUUUAUAUAA